AUGAGGGGAUUCCUUGGUGUCACUGUGCACUGGAUGGAGAGAGAUGCAGAGAGGGUACAGCUAAAGUCUAAUCUCUUGGCCUGCAACCGCUUUAAAGGCUCUCACACAGCGGAGCGCAUCUGUGACCAAUUUGAGGCAAUAUGUGAUGAAUACAACAUCAAAGCUAAAUUGGACUAUAUCAUUAGUGACAAUGCUGCUAACAUGCGCAAGGCAUUUACGGUCUGCUUCCCCAGUGAACAGGAGGAAGAUGAUUAUGCUGGAGAUAAUCUUGAUGAUCCUGAGCUAUGCUCCCUGCUCCACACAAGCACAACGUUUAAAGACAUCUUCAAUGGUGAAUUUGGGGAGCACAGAGGCAUCCCUGCUGCAGCGAGCACGAGGUGGAAUUCCACACUGCGGCAGGUGAAAGCAGUCCUUCAUUGUGAUCAGCAAAAGCUCUGCGCAGUUCUUGAGAAGGCCGGGCAUAAAGAACUGUCAUUCACACCACGAGAGUGGAAUCUGCUGAAGGAGUUGGCGGACAUCUUGAAACCGUUCGGAGAAGCAACUGAUUUGACACAGGGGGAGAAAGUCAUUACAAUCAGUGCAGUUGUUCCAUCCGUCUUGUCCCUCAAUCACCAUCUUGAGAAGCUGAAGCCUCAAGUUCGUUUCCUGAGCGGCCUGGUCAGAGGUCUGCAGGCAUCCCUGAAAAAAAGAUUUCUUGGGAUCUUCGUUAAUGUGAAAAUGGCCCAGUCUCAAGAAGGGAUCACUGCCCCCUUUUCAGACACAGUCUACCUGAAAGCAGCUGCCUUGGAUCCAGCCUUUUGUCUGCUGUGGAUUGAGCCCCAUGUUCUGGUCAACCGUAACAUCAAGGCAGAGGUGGCACAACGAGUUAAAGAAUUGAUCCUGCAAGAUGCUGCAGAGACGGAGCAACCUGUGCCUGUGCCGGUGCCUGCUGAAGAAGAACUAGAGGACAUGGAAGGAGAAGGGCUGUUUGCUGCAUACCAUAAGAGGCAGAAAAUGGAUGUUGGGACCCCACCAGCAGUACAGCUAAGUCACUACAUUGACAUGGCAGAAGGAAAGAAAAUGCCCUUUUGUUCUGGGCACUGA